AGGACAUUUUUGGAUAAUUAUAGAACAUUUUGUAACCCUAUAUAUCAAUGAGUUGAAUUUCAUAUGAUAGAUUUACUACUUGACUUCCAUUCAGCCCCUCUAGCUGAACAGGUAGCAGAUAAACCCAAGAGGUCUGCUCUGAACCAGCUCACCAGGACCCUCCUGCGUAAAUACGACUGUGGAGUGAGACCUGUUCAGAACUGGACCAGACCCACGCUCAUCCACAUAGACCUCCUACUGCAGUCGGUCCUUGAUGUGGAUGGAAAGACCCAGCAAGUAACCACAAGCAUUUGGUACCGGCAGAUCUGGAUCGAUGAGUUCCUGGUGUGGGACCCCGAGGAGUUUGACGGGAUCACUGAGAUCUCCCUGUCCUCUGACGCUAUAUGGGUGCCUGAUCUCAUCAUCAGUGAAUUUGUGGAUGUAGGGGAGUCCCCUGCCAUCCCCUAUGUGUAUGUCAACUCGUCCGGGAUGGUGAAGAACAACAAACCCAUCCAGGUGGUGUCUGCAUGUGAUCUGGAGCUGUACGCCUUCCCCUUCGAUAAGCAGAACUGCACUCUGACCUUCCGCAGCUGGCUUCACUCAGUGAAUGAGGUGAACCUGACACUGUGGAGGAGUGCGGAGGAGAUCGCAAAUGAUCAGAAGUCGUUUAUGGACGACGGCGAGUGGGAGCUGUUGUCUGUGCCGUCCCGCUACUGGCAUCUCCGCCUGGACGACAGAGACUACGCCCACAUCCAGUUCAAUGUGUUGAUCCGCCGGCGCCCCCUGCUGUACGUGGUGAGUCUGCUCAUCCCCAGCAUCUUCCUCAUGGUGGUGGACGUCAUCAGCUUCUAUCUGCCGCCCAACAGUGGCACGCGCAUCACCUUCAAGACCAGCAUCCUCCUGGGCUACACUGUCUUCAGGGUCAACCUGAUGAACGAGAUGCCUGCCACCGCCAUCAGAACACCACUCAUAGGUGUGUUCUUUGCGGUCUGCAUGGCGCUGCUUGUGCUGAAUUUAUCCAUCUCCAUCUUUGUGGUGAAGCUCCUCCCACAACGAGAAGGAGGUCAAGGAGAUGUCAGUGUCCGCCUGCCUCCUCGACAAGUACGGCUCGUCCAGCCAGACCUUCCUCGAGAGCAACUUCACCUCUGUCAAAACGCUGGUCGACGUGGAUCAGUGUGGGGGUGAGAGGG